AUGGGCGACUAUUCGAAAGCACUUCAAUUUCACGAAAAAGCAUAUGAAAUUUUCGAAAAAUCAGUGCCUCUAAAUCGUUCUCAGUUGACUCUUAGUCUCUUGAAUUCAGCCGAGUGCUACGAAAAAAUGGGUGAUUAUGCAAUGGCUCUCAAGAAUCUUCAGAAUGCUUUUCAAAUUCAACAAAAAAUACUUCCAGAAAAUAAUCCAGCUUUUGUUGAUACAUAUCGAGGCUUAGGAACGGUUUAUCGGAGUAUGAAAGAUUACUCAAGGGCACUCGUAUAUUUUCAGCAGGGCCUUGCAAUAGAUGAAAAAUCGUUACCGGCAACGCAUCUCAGUUGGUCUAUUACGUGCAGUCAUAUUGGUGAUGUUCACAGAUUAAUUGGCAAGUAUGAAAUGGCACUUUCAUUUCAUCAAAAAGCUUUAAAUACUCAACAAAAAGUUGAAUGUAACCCACUGGACUGUGCUACGACGUAUACAAAUUUAGGUGAGACCUACCGAGCAAUCAAUGAUUAUUCGAUGGCAUUAACAUACUUUCAAAAAGGACUAAGAAUUCGUGAAAAUAUGUUACCCAAAAAUCAUUCUGAUCUAGCAGCAAUUUAUAACAGUUUAGCGAAAGUAUACUUCGCCAGUAAACAGUAUGGUAUGGCAAUGAAAAAUGUUCAACAAGCCAUAGAAAUCGCUCAAGAGAAGUUGCCUUCAAAUCAUCCUCAUCUUCUAGAGUACAAAGAACAAUUGGAAAUUAUUCGAAGGAAAACGUAA